AUGAAUGUGGCAAGAUCAGUCGAGAAGUUUGUGGGUGACACUCUUAUGACCAAGGAACAAAAAUUAAUCUUGAACCAGUUUUAUGGUAAAUGCGACCAAUAUUGGCAACUGAUUUAUAAAGCUACGAAAGAUGGAUUUGAUGCAACUUCAUUUCAUCGUCUCUGCAAUAAUCAAGGACCAACAAUGACACUUAUUCAGUCAACAACUAACUGUCUAUUUGGUGGCUAUGCUUCAAAAAGUUGGCAGUCGUCUUCAGAUUUUGUAGAUGCUUCAGAAUCAUUUCUUUAUCUAUUGACCAAUACAAACGGAAACCAACCGACAAAAUUUCCUUAUAAUAAUGAUGGAAAAGCAUUGUACAAUAUGAAUUCAUACGGACCCAUAUUUGGUGGAGGAGCUGACUUGUAUAUCAGUAGCCAAAGUAAUAAAUAUCUCUGCAGUUACUGUAAUUUGGGUGUUAGCUACAGUAAUUCACUUGAUCUAGGUAUAAAUACCUUCACUGGCUCGCAAUUCUUUCAAACUAGUGAAAUUGAAAUUUUCAAGUUAUCUUAA